CAACCCUUCUCGGCGGCUUCGAGACUAGGAACUUGGUGUGUUGCUCUUUGAUGUGACAAUCAAACGUGAUGAGUCACAUCCUCGCUCUCUCAAUUGACCUUUCCACAAAUCUCAGAUGAUCGAAAAGGCACACAUCGACCCUUGAGCUUGAAACAUCAAACCUCGAGACUUGAACUAGAUCCAUUCACAUACAAUGUCAACGGGAGAAGACGCCUAUACCGCUAACUCGCGCACAGGGUUCAAAAAACCCAGACUUCAAAGAGCUUGCGAUGUCUGUCGUCGACGAAAAAAUCGCUGUGACGGAGAUCGACUGUCAGGACGCAAAUGCACAGUCUGUUCAACGAACGACUUUGAGUGCACAUAUGUAGAAGCAGGAAAGAUACGUCGGAUCUCAAGAGAAUACGUUGAAAGCCUGGAGAAGAGAUUAGAACAGAUGGAGAGACUUUUCUCCCAGUUCUGUCCCGAUGUCAACAUCGCCGAGUUGCUUCUGAAGGAAGGCGAUAACAAUGACGCACCGACGAGGCAUGACGCAUCUCAUUCGUCCUCAUCCGCCCUCGCUUCGCAUAUGUUAUACAGAUCACCCACUCUCGGCUCGGGAAACCAGACCCCGACACCCGAAGAGCCCGUGUCCAGCGACGAAGAGGUAGAUAUGCUUGAACUGAAGCUGAGCGAAAGUAUCCGGAAAAUGACAAUUGACCCGACCCGACAUCGCUUCUUUGGUAAAUCGAGCGGAAUAACGCUGAUCCAGCAGGCGUUGGACCUCAAGAACGAGCAUACAGGUGAUCAGGCAGAGAAUAUGCUCGACAUUUUCUAUCGCGAUGUACCGAAGUCCGUCGGUAUCCACCAGUGCGAUACGCAAGGCAAUAGGGGCGAAAACCCGCCAUAUAUCUUCCCAGAGCCCGACCUAUCUCGCAAGCUUAUAGAUCUGUACUUUAUUCAUAAUAACCCCAUGGUGCCCUUACUUCACCGCCCGACAUUCGAGCGCAAGUAUGCUGACGGAUCGCACCUUCGCAACACGGCCUUUGGAGCCGUCGUCCUCCUAGUAUGCGCGGUUGCCGCACCGGGCUGCGAUGACCCUCGGGUACGACCUCCCGGAGCUCCUACCGAAUACUCGGCGGGGUGGCAGUACUUUGAUCAGGUGCAGAUUAUGAAGAAGGCGCUGCUGGCGCCACCUUGCCUGGAGGAUAUGCAGAUGUACUGUUUGUCCGCAAUUUAUGUACAAGGGACGCGGACACCUCAGGCAUGCUGGACAAUCGUCGGGAUUGGUAUCAGGCUCGCCCUGGAGGUCGGUGCCCAUAGGCAAAAGGUUUACAAUCGUAAGCCAACCGUCGAAGACGAGCUAUGGAAGAGGGCAUUUUGGGUUCUAGUCAGUCUCGAUCGAGCAUAUAGCUCCUCCUUAGGCAGACCAUGCGCAAUACACGACACUGAUUUUGAUCUUGAUUUGCCUACUGUCUGUGACGACGAGUACUGGGAACAUCAAGAUCCAGAGCAACAGUUCAAGCAGCCUCCUGGCACACCAUCCUAUGUCGCAUAUUUUGUCAGUGCUCUAAAACUCAGUCAGAUAUUGGCCUUUGCACUGCGAACCAUUUAUUCUAUCAAGAGGUCCAAGGUUUUACUUGGCUUUGUUGGACAUAAGUGGGAGCAGCAUAUCGUCGCCGAGCUUGACUCUGCGUUGAACGAAUGGAUCGACUCAGUUCCAGAACAUAUACGAUGGAACCCGAACAUACAAGAUCCCACCUUCUUGCUCCAAUCGUGUGCACUCUAUGCGAGCUAUUAUCACACGCAGAUCAUUGUUCACCGUCCAUUUAUCCCCUCGCCGCGAAAGCCAUCGCCGCUAUCAUACCCAUCGCUUGCAAUAUGCACGAACGCGGCACGCUCAUGCAGUCAUGUUAUUGAUACGUGCGCGCAGCGUGCUGAUACAGAUAGGCCAUUCGUCCCUGCUGGAAUCCAGGCCGCAGCGAUCAUGGCUGGCAUUAUACUGCUGGUCAAUAUCUGGGGCGGGAAGCGGACCGGGCUUAUAAUCCACCCUGAGAAAGAAAUGGCGGAUGUGCACAAGUGCAUGGCUAUGCUUAAGCUUUACGAGAGGCGAUAUCCAUGGGCGCGAAAAGGCUGGGACGUCUUGUACAAGCUUGCGUCGGUCGGCAAACUUCCUCUUCCGCAAGCAAGGCCGGCAAGAACAGGCAAGCGUGAACGAGAAGAGGAUGCGCCUUCCACAAUUUCUGUUCCGCAGAUCGGACAGCCUGAAUCUAGGCCGCGCGAUAUUGCAGGACCGAGCCGCCUCGCGGGCGACGGUAGUGCACAACAUUUGCUGCCACAGGGUAUCCAAACCCCUCCGGUAUUGAUGAAUCAGCCUUCACAAACGACAUGCUCUCAAAUGCAGUCGCAACAGCAGACACGACAACACUUCGCACAGCCGCCAACUCACGGUCCGAUGGGAUCUGACUCAGCUGCGUCGUCGGUUUUACAGCGCCCGCAGCCGCAACUCGACCUUCAUCUAGAUGGUUCCGACCCCUUUCGAGUGUGGCCCAGUGGUGAGGUUAGUGGCCUAGACCUUUCAUCUAUUAUGAUGGCCUACGAUAGUUUGUACGCCGGGGCUGUCGAAGCUGGUGGCUCUUCUACGCACGACCUCAACGCGGGUGACGCUACAUCCGCCAAUGAAGCGCCGCACACGCCUAAUGGGAUCGACGACUUCUUAUUGCAGUUGAUGCGGCAGCCGCAGCCGCAGAAGCCACUAGCUUCCGGGGCCGAUGGCUCUGCUGUGGGCGGAUAUGAGAGUGUGGGCAUGAAUAGGGCGAUGGAGGCCUCACAGUCCAUGUCGUCCGAUGAUAUGAUGUCAAUAUGGUCGAAUGCCCCUGAUGGCUUUGAAGUGGACAACUGGAGUGCAUACCUCAGGAGUGUGUCUGGCACGAACUACAAUGACGGAACCCAGCCGUGGCAGCAGCAGGAUGGCGAAUCGUAAAACGUAGGUGUGGAGGCCAUACUCUAGUCAUUCGGAUAUAGCGUAGUCCAUCUACAGUUUUGCUAUGUGAU